CUCCAUUGAGAGUAUGAGUGGUCCACUUCCUGGACCGGAGCGUGAGCGAGCAGAGUGGUGGUCAGGACUUGUCGUGUCGUGGAUGGAUAUUGACGGACAUAUAUGCUCCUCACCACUGAUGAAGAGGUGAUAGUACUCGCUGACUGCCAUGAGGACAGAGAGAGGAAGCAUGCUGCAACUCGCCGCGGAGGCUUUCCGGUCCAAGAACUUCGACUUGGCGGCGGAUAUUUACGAGUGUCAGCUGGUGGGAGUCGGAGACCCGGGGAACCGACAGGAGCUGAUGGUGAAGUGGGCUGACGCCCUCGCUCUUGGGGGUAAAUUCCCCGAAGCUUUCGCGGUCUACCGGCAAGCCUCAGAGAUAGAGAGUCUGACACCUGGUCAGCUGGAAAACCUCAUAGAUUUUUUAUCGGGGAGUAUCAGGAGGCAGGACGCGGGUGAAAGCCGGAGCUGUAGCCCGGGGAGAGGAGAGGAGGAGGCGGCGGCGGUGGCGACGGCGGCGGCGGCAGCAGCUACUGCAGCUACUGCUGUCGUUCGCCCCGCUGUCGGUGCCACAGGUUGCGGGCGUCCCGACUUCUCCUGCCCGAUAUGUCUGAGCUUUCUGUUCGAACCCGUGACUUUGCCGUGCGGACACUGCUUCUGUAAGAAGUGUCUGGAGCGAGAGAAGAAGGGGAAGAUUUGUAAGCAGUGCGGGGACAGCAGCGUGUCCGCCGGGCUCCACAGUGAGUACCGGGUCAACGUGAUCCUCAGCGGUCUGUUGACCAAGUGCUUCCCGAGCCUGCAGCAGGCAGGCCGGCUGAGGCGCGAGGGCAAUGGGCUGUACGCUGAGAGGAAGAUGGAAGCCGCGCUGGAGAAAUACAACCAAGCCAUAAUGAUGGCACCAAUGGACCACAUCCUCUUCAGUAAUCGCUCCCAGAUCCACUUAAGUCUAAAACACUAUGAGAAGGCUCUGAGAGACGCAGAGAUGGCCUGCAGACUAAAGCCUCUCUGGUCUAAGGGUCACAUACGUAAGGCCCAGGCGCUGGUGUCGCUGGGCAGAGCAGAGGAAGCCUUGAGAGAGUACCUGGUCUGUUUGUCCAUGGAGCCUGACUGUAGACUGGCUAAGGCCGAGUCUUACAAGCUCCUCAGUCAUCUCCUGGCUCCAGUCAUGGAUCAGGUCCCUGAGCACAUCUUAGACUUCUCCAACAUACUGUCUUCCAGAGCACACAUCAAAAACAGCAUCCCUUCCAGUGCUCCCUUCCAGACUCUUAAUCCUAACAUAUUGCCGUCCGAGUCCAGGCGAACCUCCAGUCCUUCUGCACAAGAGAUGUCAGAUUGCAGCAAGGAUAAAGGUCUGGGAAAACCUGACACCUGGAGGUCCAUUCACAGUUUUAUGCUCAAGCGCAAACGAAGGAACUCGGAGGAGGACGAGAAGGUGGACGGGCAGCGACGGGGGAGGGGCGAUGAACACAAGAGAUUCAGAUCUGAGUCCACGGCUGAGACUGAUUCACUGGGUUCUGAGAUCGCUUCUGUCUUGGACCCGACAGAUCUGGAAUGUUCCCUUUGUAUGAGACUGUUCUAUGAGCCAGUGACGACGCCAUGCGGUCACACCUUCUGUCUUCGGUGUUUGGAGCGGUGUCUGGACCAUAACCCAAAGUGUCCUCUCUGUAAAGAACAGCUGUCUGAGUACCUGGUCCAGAGACAGUACUCUAAGACCCUAUUAGUGGAGAAUCUGAUAUCCAAGUAUCUUCCCUCUGAGCUCAUGGAGAGACAGAAGGUCCACCAGGAGGAAAUGGCUGAGUUCUCCAAUCUGAACAAGAAUGUGCCUAUAUUCGUGUGCACCAUGGCCUUCCCCACUGUGCCCUGUCCCCUCCAUAUCUUCGAGCCAUGCUACAGACUGAUGAUUCGCCGAUGCAUGGAGACGGGAACCAACUGCUUCGGCAUGUGUCUAGCAGACAACCUGAAGGGGUUUGCAGACUACGGCUGCCUGUUGGAGAUCUGUGAUGUCAAGUUCUUCUCUGAUGGUCGUUCAGUGGUGGACACCAUUGGCAGACGGAGAUUCAAAAUCAUCAAGCACAGAGAGAAGGAUGGAUACAAUACAGCUGAUAUAGAGUACCUGGAGGACACCAAGGUGGAAGGUGAAGAAGAGCGUGAGCUGCAGUCUCUGCAUGAUUCAGUAUAUGACCAGGCCCUGGUCUGGGUCAACUCCCUGAGGGAUGAGCAGAAGGCACGCAUCGAAGGACACUUUGGACCCAUGCCUGAGAAAGACUCCGAACUGCAGGCAUCUCCGAACGGUCCAUCAUGGUGUUGGUGGUUACUAGCUGUUCUUCCAUUAGAGGGCCGAGCUCAGCUGCCAUUCCUGGCCCUCACCUCUCUGAAAGAUCGUCUCAGCGGUAUGCGCAAGGUGCUGCUCUUCAUCACCCAGAGCAGACAUCGGUGACGAGCUCUGUCAAAGUAUUCACCCACCUGUCAAAUGCAGUAACCACCUUCCCUGCAUAAACCCUGCCCCAAAGCAGCGGUGGACCUGCUGCUCCUCCUUUUUGAUGCACAAAAAACUGACAGUUCAUUUUGUUGCAUCUUCCCCAUUUUGAAACCAUUCAUUUCAUAAAUCGCUGGAUUUCAGCUGCACCUCGGCAGCGAGAUGAAAUGCAUCUUAGUAAACAGACUUCUUCCUUUCAUAAUGUUGUCAACGCAUCUCACUGAAAAGUAACCACGUUAAGCUACAGUCAGACAGGAGGGAAAACGGGGUUGCAGAAUCGUCACCUUCCAUUGUAACAUUUGAUGUCAUUUGAUCAUCGAUCAUUUGUCGAUGUCAGUGCUAAUGUACACGAGCUGGGUGUACUUUUUUGUUUUAACACCUCAAUGUAAACAGCAACAAGCUGUUGUGCUGAAAUGUCUUCAUCUGUCUCUGCUCCAGUGUUGCCUUUCUGGCCUUUCACCAUUUUUGUAGUUCUCUGCUCUUCCUCUUGCAUACAUGUGCGUGUGUGCAAUGACACAGCAAAAACCAUCUACUUCCUUGCAGUGCAGCUGCCUGUCUCAUCACAGCUUUAAAGCCUAGAUGAGGAAAGUUCAGAAUCAAAUCUAUUGUAAUGGACAACUGACAUUAUUUUCGCAAAUUAAUGUCCCCCAUCCUGUAUAUCGUAAUAUAUACAUCAAAUUUUUGCAAGAGACCAAACUUAUGAUUUGUCUUUAAAUGCACUCACAUGUUCGUGAUUAACAUAAAUACUGUUAAGUUAUGAUUUAAUGCAGUAAUUUAAACUUAUAUUUGGGAGUGAAAUUGGAUAUAGACACAGAUUCACAGAUAAUCUUGACUAUAUAUACCAUAAAUAUGUUUCUCACGCUCAAUUUCUGUCUCAUCAAGCUGACUAUCAAUGGACUGCACUUUUACAUUAGUGUGUUUCAAGGCUUUUGUUAUUGUUUUAUUCAAUCAUUAAUUUUUUACCAUUAUUUAUAUUUAUCAUUAUUUAUGCAUGCAGUGAUAUUGUUUACAUUUUACAGAGAGGGAUGCUGUACUUUGCAAAAUAUCAUUUGACUCCAAACAUUAGCAACACUUUACCUGCUAACAUGGAGCUAACAUGGCUGCCAUUGAACAUUGCAGGGAACCUGAGGGCAUAGUCCCUCCCAGACCCACCACCGUUAAGAUCACUGAUGACCUAGAUCUCUGUAGCAUAUUUAUGGGUCUGUCAUAAUCCAAGCGAUACAGUAGUACUUUGAUUUUACACAUUUGGAUUCCCUCAUUGUCAGCAGCCUCUCUGUUGCCUGUAUAUUUAAACUCCUAAUGCCACAAGAAGUCCCCCUGAGUAUUUAUUGUGACUUAUUUUGCACUUCCAUUCAAAGUAAGGGAAAUAAAUGGCACAAAUAAGAGAUUUGUAUGUAUUUCCACCAUGACAGGAUCGUACUACAUUAUUUGGAUUACCACAGGAUAAAGUUAAAUCACCUGCCAGUUAAAUUAAUCUCUAAGUCUAUGCCAUUUUGCAUUUUGAACAUGACUGCUUAAGAUCUAUGUUCAUUUGACUGUGACUGAUGCUGUUCAUUUAGUAAACGAUAGUAGUGCCUUCUAUACAGAGAAAUGCUGUGGAACUAUUAUUAUGUAUAUACAAACGUGGUAAAUUGUACCCGUGUGAAUGGAACAUUUUGCAUUGAAAAUAUUGUUUCAACGGGAAGGGGAAAAAGAAAUCAAAAAUGGAACAAAAAGAGCUCUUUUUUGAAAGAUAUUCCUUUAAAACAUAGUUUUGAGGGGAGAAAAUAUGUUUUAAAUACUGAGGCCUUGCUGCUGUGCACAACUGUUUUUACAUUGCUCCUCUCUGGAGAAUGUUGAGCUUUGUCUUUAUGUUAUAUACAUGUGUUUGAUUUAAUGUUUCCAUGUCAAUCAGGUUCUUUGUACUUCAUAACUAUUAUAAUGUAUAAAACUUUCAAGUAUAUGGGGUGUUAUGUCAAAUUAUCUACAUUUAUAAUUGUCUUUUGAAAGGGCCAAAGCCAUGUUAUGCAUAAAGAUGUAACACUGAUACAAGUUUAAUAACAUAUUUUUUUAUAUAUUUUUCCCAGUGUUAUUUGUUGACAUAGAAUAUGGCAUUAUUUCAGUAGUUUUUUUCUUUUGGUUUGUUUUUUACAAUUACAAACAGCAAUACUGAAUAAAGUACUAUUGUAUGAUUUAAUGAGCCACAAAAUGUUUUUUGAAGAGGCAUUUUUAGUAAAACCACUAUGUGAAUGUUAAUGAUACACAUUUCAUUUCCUGUUGCUAAUAAUGAUGACUAAUGUUGCAUUAGUCUUAGUCAACUAAUCGGACUGUACAGGAAAGGGAAAAGCCAAAUGUGAUCACACGUUAAGCAUAAAAAACAUAUCACAAAUAAUAUUUUUUUUCACAAAAAAAAUCUGAAUUGUCCCCAAAAAUAGUUAUUUGUUAAAAUAAUAAUGAUAACAACUCUAAGAGCUGCACUAUCAAAUUGGAAAUUAGUUUAUAGGUAUGUAAUGAUUAACUAAAUUACUUUUUACUUUAUUUUUUGAUAUUUUCUUUUGUUAAAGUUUCAUUGAAAAUGGUGGUAGCCACAUUCUUGUUAGGCUAGAAUUUUGUAAGCUAAUAAGCUAAUUAGCUUGAUAAAUAACCCCCACAAAACCAAUUUUGUCCAAACAUUUGAUUGAACAAACAACACUAUGUUCAAUUAUUUAGAGUUUUAGAGGUGAAACACAUGAAAGUUAUACCAGUUUAACCUAAAUGUACUGCAUACUACAGCUUCCUUGUUAGCAUACAGACCUCAUGAUAUCCAGAUAGCGCUUCACAAAUAAAAUGAAUAAGUGUAGAAGACUAUGUUUAAACAAUUCUUCUAGACUGCAUGUAUGGGCUCACACAUAAAAUAUGCUUAAUGUAAUAUAUGUUUGUAGUCAUUCAUUCAUUCGACCCACAUUAGCAGCAAUGCAGCAACUUUGAAUGUGACAAUUUUUUCUACUAUAUCCAUAGCCUUAAUUAAGGACUGUCUUAGAGGAAACAUAUGUGUUGGCAAACAGCACAGGUUAUAAGUGGAAGUUGGAAUAUAAAUACAUUGGCAUGAGUCUUGGUGUCAUCUUCUUCUUAAAGAGACAUAUGGCAAGCGGUUUUAACAUAGAAUUGGCAGACGGGAUAUUCACUAGUAAUUCUUACUAGUCUUACUCAUCCCAUUGACCUCACAGACAUCCGUAAUUAGUUUUCAACUACUUUUCUAGUCAGUAAUUCAAGUUCAAGAUAUUAUCCUCAAUUGAAGGUAUCUACGUUGUCAUUUUCAUUGCUAUUUUUUUAAAGACGUUCUACCUCUGGUACCAUCCUUGAGCACAAGCAGAUUAGAGCAUCGUGUUUUAAAAGUGAAAUGUUGUACAGCGAUAAAGCCUGUGCUAAAAUGCACCAUUGUUAACACCUCAUGUAUCAUAUGUAUGUAACAUACAGUAUAUGAAAGUUUAUGUCACUUUAUUUGUGAUAAGUUUGAUUCUUAUCCAAAAUACUUCAAUUAUUUGAGUGUCUGAUUUAUCAUCAGUGAUAACUUGAACAGCCUUUUGGAAACAAAGUCACUUUUUUAGGCUUUCAUUGAAGUGAGGUUAAAAAAACCCUGGCUACUGCUUCUCUUACAUAACACGCUUGCUUUGUCAAAUAUUUGGCUUGUAAAUCCUUCAGAAAUAAAAACCGAGCACUUCUAACAUACUCAAAUAUUCUCUCUGACCUAAGUUACUAGUAUUGUUCACCGGUUGACUCUCCAUGGCCUCUAAAUAUGUCGAGUUGAUUUUGCACAAGAUAAAUAUGUGUCUUGAAUUGUUCAGAUGUUUUCUGUACAGUGUGAAGCUACAGUGUGUGAAUAAACCAAAAGGUUUGGGUAUGUGA